AAUCGUGUAGCACACAAUUUGGCUAGAAAAGCUUGGCAUAUUGCAUAUACUAAUUUUUGGUUAGGUUCAGUUCCUGAUUAUAUUGCUCAAUAUGUGUGGUUAGACCAAGUUCAUCUGUAACUUGUAUGGGUUUUAUUAUGAAUGAAAGUUUGCUGGUUAAAAAAAAAAAAAUUAAAAAAUUAAAAAAAAAAUGUAACCCAAACUCCAAACACCACCUAAAAGCCAUGAACCUUUGUGUUGGGGAUUGGGGGUACAUCCAGAACUUAAUUAAGACGGGAAUGGAAGAAAACCAAACAGUCCGUACAAUGACGGGGGAAUCGUCGAUUUUCACGCCAAGUCCGUUGCAGAUGCUGAUGCCCGCGAGAGAAUCAGAAGAACCCAACCGUAAUGCCGGAAGGGAAUUGCAGAUAGCGUCCACCUCGGCUCCGUUCAGACUUCCCGAUGAUUGGUUCGUUGAGUUAAAGCCUCGUGGCUCGACCACCAGCUCCACUGGCCGUGUCGACAAGUAUUACUAUGAACCCAGGACUGGACAACAGUUCCGUUCUCUGGUAGCUGUUGAGAGAUACUUAAGAGACAAAAAACAAGAUACACCUACACCUGAUACAGUAAAAGCAAGAAAUGAAAAUACUCACCAGGUGUCCAGGAACAGUGUCCCAACUAAUCCCAGAGGCUCACAGGCCUUCGACAAGGAGUUUCCUGCAAGUUCAUUUCAAUUGCAAAUUAGGGACUGCACCAUCAGGAGCACCUCACCCUUUAAACUACCUGAUGAUUGGGUCAUCGAGGAAAAGCCUCGUAGCAAUAUCAACUAUGCUGGUGUCAUUGACAAGUUAUAUAUUGAGCCAGAAACUGGGCAGCGGUUUCGUUCUUUGAAAGCCGUUGAGAGAUACCUAACAGAAGCGAAGGAAAAUACUGCAACACCUAAGGCUUCACAGAAUUCUGGUUCAUGGAAGAAAAACAUUUCUAGUAUUAUACGGUCACCCAGAGUUGUGAGCAAACACCGGUUGGAAGCUGAAGAAGAUAACAUCACACUCAAGGCAUUGAAAUUGUGCCGUUCAAAAGCUUCACCAAAUUCCGGUUCAGGGAAGAAAAACAUUCCUGGUAUUAUACGGACACCAGGAGUUGUGAGCAAAUGUUGGUUGGAAGCUGAAGAAGAUAACAUUACACUCAAGGCAUUGAAAUUCUGCAACAGUUCAAAACCUUCAAGAAAAUCUGGUUCAAGGAAGAAAUUUGUUUCUAAUAAAGGGGUUAAUGCUUCAAUGCUUGAUUGUGCCAGCCCACCAGCAAAGAUAAACUGGGUUCUUUCUGGUCCUGGUGGUGGUAAUGUAUGGAGUGCUUUCAUCAAUGAAUCUAUUGUCCCAGAUUCAGUAAAGCAAAAAUGGUCUGAGAAAUUUAUAACAACCAUCCAUGCACAAAUUUAAUGCACCAAGAGGCAUGGAUCUAGAAACGCUUUCAACAUGGACAUGACGGAUGCAUCCAUUAGGAGGCAAUAAACAUCUAGACCUCCCAUGGAAAUGAAAUCAUGGAAGUCCAUUUUACAUGAUUCAAAAAGGAGUCCUUAUUGUUCUGUCAUAUCAUGUUUUUUUACGGCAUUAGUGUAAUGCAAGCAUGAGGUUCAAGGUGUUGAGCCAUAAGCCUUUUGGACUUUAUUUUCAAAAAUAUAUUAUGUAUAUUAAAGAAUUACUAGAAAACAGGAAUUACAUAAUAUGUUAAAAGCCUGGGGCUAACAAUUUUAAAAAAUCCAUGAAACCAUUUUUAAUUUAGAUUCACGUACCUCACUAAUUGUGGUUAGAGAAAACCAUUCGAUAUCCAAAACCUGGGGAUUCAGUCACAGCACAGAGUUUGUAGAUUUUACACCACCGCAUAGGCCUUGAUGAAUUUGAAAAUGUUUGGCUUUCUAGAACAGCAUUUAUUGAUAUUUAAAGCAAUAGAGAUAUGAAGUCCAACAUAGAGAAAGUUCAUUACUAGCCAUGAUUUUUUCGAUUCCUACAUUGUUUACUCUUUUCUGUUUAUGAUUUAAUUAUUUCAUGGGCUUACGGCUAGGUGCACCCCUUAGUUCAUAAAGGUCGAAGGUGGCAAAGGAAGCUUCCCUUAAUGUCCCAGUACAUCUCCAGUUCCUAGUAUUUUUGGCUCUUCAGGACGUCCCAAAUCCACACUGGUAACUUUGUGUGGUGUUGGAACAGAAGUGUACUCCAUGUAUACUUCAUGUGUACUUGGACUAUGUAUAUUUUCAAUCAAUAAAGUUUUGUUCUUAUAAUAAAGAAUAAUUAUAUGCUGGGUAUGACUUGGGACAAGUUAUCCUAUGAGUGCAGUUUUUACAACUUACAAGUCAGUUCUGCUCAAA